AUGGGUGGGAUCGCUCCUGGAGUUAUCAUAACGGAUGAGAGUGGCAGCAUGAGGAAUGCUAUUGAGGCAAUUCUCCCUAACACAGUGCAUCGGUUGUGCAUGUGGCACAUUAUGCGAAAGGUUCCUGAGAAGGUCCCGCUUGAAUUGAGAACCAACGAAUAUUUCUACAAGAGGUUGAAUUUUUGUGUGUGGAAUUCUGAAACACCUGCAGAAUUCGAAGAAAAUUGGAAGAAUGUAAUGUUAAGAUUUGACUUGGAAACUAACAAAUGGUUUGAAAAAUGUUACCAUAUCCGUGGGUCAUGGGUACCGGCAUACUUCAUGGACAUUCCCCUAGCUGGUAUUCUCAGAACCACCUCCAGGUCAGAGAGUGAAAACUCAUUUUUCAAGAAUUUCAUUCGACGCAAGCUUGCUUUUGUUGAGUUCUGGCUUAGAUUUGACACAGCCCUGAAUUGUCAGAGACAAGAGGAGUUGGUUGCUGACCACACGAGCUUACACACAACACCCAGAUUGAUGACAUGUUGGGAAAUAGAAAGACAAGGUAGCUUGAUAUUCACUCAUGAGGUUUUUGACUUGUUUCAGUCUGAGGUACUUGCUGCUAGAGAGCAUUGCGAUGUCCAGGACACAAAGGAUGCGGGGAGUCUCAAAAUCAUGUCUGUUAGUGAUCAAAGCCACCCAAAAAACAAGGUAAGAGAAGUUCGUUUACAAACAACAACCAUGAUAACCAAAUGUUCGUGUAUGCUUUUUGAGUCCAAGGGCAUUGUGUGCCGCCAUGUCAUACGUGUCUUGAGGGGAGCAAAGAUAAAUGAACUUCCAAACUUCUAUGUACUCAAAAGAUGGGAGAAGAUGUGCAAAAGAGAUAUUGUUUAUGAUGGAUAUGGAAAUCCACUUGAAGAUAAUCCCAUUGACUGUAUUGACAUGGAUACAAGAAGAAAGAUCUCGGUUGCACGGAACAAAUUAGAAGAUCUCAUCCGGCAUGCGAAAAACUCAAGUGGAGGACUAGACUUGCUCAAUUCGGGUCUGUGUGAUCUGGAAUCAACUAUUUUCCAGUCUGCACUUGAUGUAGCUCGUACUUCACAAGAAGAACAAGAAUCAUUUGUUGGUAGCUCCUUCCCUACCCAAGUUGAUAUCCUAACACCUACAAAUAUCGACGCGAGGGGCACAUGCUCGAGAAUUAAGGGCCAUAGAGACAAGGAAAAUAAGGCACAGCCAAAGAAAAAAUUAGGUGUUACUCUUCCUAGGUUCAGCUCACAUGCUAGUAAACUGAACGUAUACUUCUCAGAAGUUGUAACUACAAUCAGUGACUUCAGUACACAACUCGCUUUUGCCCACAAGAAGAUAUUAUUAGACACGACUGCGGUUAAGCCGCUACCCUUCUUCCGCUUUGCUGACGUCCCAGCUGCAGACUGUUGCCUCAUCUGCUUCCUUGCUCUGGUCUCAAGCCCAUAA